AUAUUUUUCCGGGGUUGCAUUUUAACCUCCGGAAGUGAGUGAAAUGUGCACUUCCUUCAGUCACCCGCUCUGUUAAAAACGAGCUAACUCAUUCAGCAGUGCAGCCUACAAGUCUGACAAUAUGUUUUUGACAAGAUCGGAGUAUGACAGAGGCGUGAACACGUUUUCUCCAGAGGGAAGGCUGUUUCAAGUGGAAUAUGCUAUAGAGGCUAUCAAGCUGGGAUCCACAGCCAUUGGGAUCCAGACAUCUGAAGGGGUGUGUCUUGCAGUCGAGAAAAGGAUAACUUCUCCCCUCAUGGAGCCAAGCAGCAUUGAGAAGAUUGUUGAGAUUGAUACGCACAUAGGCUGUGCGAUGAGUGGCUUGAUAGCUGAUGCCAAGACGCUAAUCGACAAAGCGCGUGUGGAGACGCAGAACCACUGGUUCACCUACAACGAGACGAUGACCGUGGAGAGUGUCACCCAGGCGGUGUCCAACCUGGCUCUGCAGUUUGGAGAGGAAGAUGCUGACCCUGGUGCCAUGAGCCGACCCUUUGGAGUUGCGCUGCUCUUUGGAGGUCUGGAUGAGAAGGGGCCACAGCUGUACCACAUGGACCCGUCAGGCACGUUUGUACAGUGUGAUGCCCGUGCUAUUGGCUCAGCAUCUGAGGGUGCCCAGAGCUCCCUGCAGGAGGUCUACCACAAGUCCAUGACGUUAAAGGAUGCCAUCAAGUCCUCCCUCACCAUCCUGAAGCAGGUUAUGGAAGAGAAGCUGAAUGCCACUAAUAUUGAGCUGGCCACAAUAGAGCCUGGGAAGACGUUUCACAUGUACACAAAGGAGGAGCUAGAAGAGGUCAUUAAGGAUAUCUAAGGCACCCCAGGGCAUUGGGCCACGGAUCUCCUUGCGACAUUUCUGCAGAAUAUUUUGGUUUUGCUGUCCGCACAGGAACUAGCUGUUAGUCGUGCGUCUCUGUUUUUUCCCCCUUUCUUAAUCAAAGAUUUCUACAAGUCUGUACAUACUACAGAGCAGCAGCAGAACUGGGAAUUAAGUCAAAUAAAAUGGGGAGGGAGGGGUACUUUUUGUUACAGUUCAAUGCAAAAAUAAAUCUGUCAAAUGUUUAAAAAAAAGCUGUGUCUAUGCUCAAGUCUCCCAUGAUGUUGAAAGUUUCUGAAGCAAAAACCUUGAGAUUCAGAACUGCCUAUUUCUGAAGGAUAUUUUCUCCCUGUGAGUUCUGAUGGGAACUAAAACAAAUAAAAAUAAAUAAAAUUAAUCACAACACACACGUGUGUGUAUAUAAGGGGGGGGGGGGGGAGCUCAAGAAUCAUGUCUAGUUAUUACUGUACAUAUCCGAUGAACAUAUCAAAAUAAAGCCAAGUUCCUGUAGCAGCUAUGUAAAAACUAAACUAACGACGUACACAAGAAAGCAGAGGGUGAGACCUUGCAUUAAAAAAAAUAGCAUUUUACUGUAAUGUUUUGAUCCAUGUGAAACUUGGAUAGAAAUGUCACAAACAAAAGUAUGUGCUCUUCUAUCAUACAUGUCUGCUCAGUAGCUUAAAAAGUGAUGUGUGUUUCACUAAACUGAGACCUUAAUUCAACAGAAAAGGGUCUAUAAAAUGCCUUUAACAAAUGUGACUUCCUGCACAAGAAGUCACCCACACUAAGGAAUCCUCACCAAAUAGCUGAUCAUUUAACCAGAAGUCAUUCUGGUUAGGUUUGAAUAUAGAAUUGAGGGGUGAAGAAGGCACAAUUGAACUUUUAUUUACCAAUACCUGGAUGGCACAAACAUGCAAUAAAAGAAUAUUGAUAAUCAUACAAA